AUGAUUUCAACACAAAACAAUCUGAUUCAUAGGAAAACUAGAAAUGGAGAGAUCGGUAAUGAGCUUAAGUGUUUUGGUGUUAGCUUGUCUGGUGGGUUCUGGCGCAGCACAAAGUCGUCAAAAAGUGUCUGCUCAUUGGAUCGAAUUCUUAGCGAAGGAGAUGGACUGGGACAUGAAUAAAGCUCACGAUGUUGCGUGCAAGAAAUAUGAUGCCGAUAAGCCCUACGAAUGGCGCAGCAAAUAUUAUUGGACCAACAUCGGUGAUCUUGGUGAUCUUGAACAGAGUUGUGGCAAGUGCAUUCAUGUGACAAACACGGCGAACGGCAAUGAAAUAACAGUGAGAAUCGUUGGUACAACCGGACAAGGCCUAGAGUUGGAUAAGCCAGCGUUUGAUCAGCUUGACAGCGAUGGGCAAAGCCAUGGAGGAAACCUUGUUGUGAACUAUAAGUUUGUGGAUUGUGAUCCUACCCCAGCAGGUCCUGGCGAGUCUAAUGUCAAAGCUGAUUUUUCUAACUACAACCCUGAAGAGAAUAAAUGGGCCUAUCCUUCACAUGCCGAGUGCGCCGCCAAGGACGGCGAUAAACCCUUGGAGUGGCGCAAAAGAUAUGGGUGGACGGCUUACUGUGGGAAGUACUAUAAAGCUUCCAACCCGGAAGAAAACUGUGGAAAGUGCUUAAAGGUAACCAACACAGACACGAAAGAUUCGGUAACAGUGAGAAUCAUGGACACAUGCGCAGAGAAACGCAAGCCUUGGUGUUGAACUACGAAACAGCUUUUAAACCUAUCGACACUAAUGGGGAAGGGAGAAAAGAAGGUCAUCUUACUGUGGACUAUGAAUUUGUGAAGUGUGAUGGAGAUGUGGAUUCCCCACUUCUCAUCUAUUCACAGUAACUUUAUAGACUUGAGAAUUCCCACUUCAUUUCACUUGAACGAUGUACAACGUAUCUAUGUGAAAAACCUUUGUGUAAUAAGCAUGUUACCGCGGAAUCAUGAAUUCCUCUUGUUCAUUAUAACAUGAGAUUAAUAAGA